GUACGGCACAAGAUGGUUAAGUCCUCAGCCUACCAUCGGCGAGGCAGAGCCUCCCCCACAGGUCAGUCGCAGAAGGCUCACAUAGGCCCGCGUCGCCUCUCUGCAGAGUAUGUGACUCCAGGAGCCCUGCUGGUGAAGCAGCGGCGGUACAUCGCAUGGGGUUUCGAGAGUAAGCGGCGGGGUAGGCACCGGAAGAUGUAUCCGGGAGAGAACGUGGGGGUUGCCAAGGAUUCCUCCCUAGUUGCGCUAGUGCAUGGACGGGUCAAGUACACCCACGACGUAGAGCAGGACCAUUUGCUCUGCAAUGUGCUGCCUGAGCCGCGAGAGGAGCUCCUGAGGGAAGACCUUUGGAGGUACAGGACGGAGCACGUGGCAAGCAAGGAGGAAAACCGGCAUCUGUGCCACCUCAGGAUGAAAGCUACCCGCGUAUUUUCUAAACAGCUCGUCAACCCACCUACGAAACCUCUUCCCAGGCCCAAGAAGAUCAGCCGAUUUGACAUCUGGCAAAAUCCGACACUCCCGGACGCGCCGCCGCUCUGUGAGGACAGAUAA